AUGCCGCGUCCCCAGCACAAUACGACCUCCCUCCCGCGCGGACUGCGUGAUGAGCUGGGAAUUAGGGAUACCUAUGGCGACAAGAAGCGCCAGCGGAAUGGACCUGCGAACCGGAAAGAUCGCCGCCAAGCAGAGCGAAACAAUAAGAAGUCGGGAAGGCCCGCAGCAGCGCCAGUGAAGAAGAGCUUCCAAAGACGACCUCAGCCGAAGAAGGAAGAGGAAGAAGAUGAUGAGGAGGAUGACUUUGACUUGAAUGAAGAAUCCUCCAGCGACGAAUCACCAGCUGUGCCGAACAGCAAGCGAAGUUCAACCCAAAAGCCGCACUCAAACCCGAAGUCAGUAGCGUCGACUAAACCGGAAAGGCCGCUCACCGUAAGCGAGGAGGUCCAAAGCGAUACCUCCCAGUAUGAGGGGGAAUCCGGUGACGACGAGAGCUACGAGGACAGCGAUAGCGAGAGUCUCGCAGCACGAGACCCUCAUAUUUCCGAGAAUGUCAAAUCCAAGCUAGCCCAGGAUGACGCUGAAAUUGCUGCACUGGAGAAGAAGCUCGGUCUCAAGAAGGGAAAGAAGCUUCCCAAGGCCUUCGCUGAGGAUGGUUUAGAGGAUUUGAUGGGAGACUUGGGCGAGGCCUCAGAGGAUGAUAGCAAAAAGCGCAAGCGGGAAGCCGAUGAAUGGCUCCAAAGCAAAAGACAGAAGGCGUUGCAGCGCCAGGCUCAAGCUUCGGACAAUGAGGAAGAAAAUGACGACGAAGAGGAGGGGGAUUUUGACAGUGACGAAGAUAUGGACAACCUGGACGAUGAAAUCUUUGGUUCGGAGAGCGAAGAGGACGAUGCCGAGGACAGCGAGUUUGACGGUUUCGACAAGGAAGAGGAAGCACCGCCAAAGAAACGCGAAAAUCCGUAUGUGGCACCAGUGCCCAAGACUGAAACAGCAUCGUCUCAAAAAUACAUCCCGCCAUCAUUGCGAGCUCGUGGAGAUCCUGAGAGCGAAGCCCUUACUCGACUGCGCCGACAGGCCCAGGGACAUCUGAACAAGCUGUCCGAGGCAAAUCUGGUGUCUAUCCUUGGGGAAUUUGAGAAGCUCUAUCGGGAUCAUCCCCGCCAAAAUGUUACCUCUACGCUAAUCAGUUUAUUGAUGGGUCUCAUUGGCGAGAGAUCCGUUCUUAACGAUACUUUCAUUGUUCUGCAUGCCGGUUUCAUUGCCGCGGUCUACAAGAUUAUGGGCAUGGACUUUGGUGCUGAGAUUGUGCAGAAAGUCGUGGAAACCAUGGAUGCAGGAGGUGAUGAACGUGGCAAGUUUGAGGGCAAGGAGUAUAUCAAUCUUGUCUCCCUCUUGUGCCAGCUGUACAAUUUCCAUGUCAUUGGACACCCUUUGAUGUUCGACUACAUCCGCCUUUUCCUGCAAGAAAUUACCGAAACGAAUACGGAGCUCCUGCUCAAGAUCAUUCGGAAUGCUGGUCCUCAACUACGCCAGGACGACCCAUCCGCACUAAAGGACAUUGUCCUGCUGAUUCAACCCGCUAUCGCCAAGGCCGGUGAGGGAAAUCUCUCGGUCCGCACCAAGUUCAUGAUUGAUACUAUCACCGAUCUCAAGAACAAUCGGGUCAAGUCUGGAAUUGGCGCCAGCGUCACUUCGGAGCACAUUACCAAGAUGCGCAAGAUUCUGGGCUCAUUGAACAACUCUCGGGUGAUCCGUGCAUCAGAACCCAUCAACAUCACCCGCUCUGAUAUUCACGAUUCCUCCAAGAAGGGCAAAUGGUGGCUCGUCGGUGCAAGCUGGAGGGAAGAUCCUCUAGUCUCUGCCCGUCAAGAGCUGUCCGAUAUGCAGAUGAAGAAUGCUGAUGCUAUGGAGGAUGACAGUGAAGCCGAGCCAGAUUUGGGAGACCUGGCCAAGGCCCACCGUAUGAACACGGAUGUGCGUCGCUCAAUCUUCGUCGCUAUCAUGUCCGCGAACGACUUCCAAGAUGCCCACGUUCGACUCCUCAAGCUUCGCCUAAAGCGUGCGCAAGAAUUCGAGAUUCCUCGUGUUCUCCUGCAUUGCGCGAUGGAGGAAGAAGCUCACAACCCUUAUUACACUCUGAUUGCGCGACGUCUUUGCGGAGAGUCGGGCCGCCGUCUUAAGAUGUCAUUCACGUUUGCUCUCUGGAAUAUCUUCAAGCGGAUGGGUGAACAAGGUGAAGACGAGGAAGAAACAGAGUUCGAUGCCGAUGAUGAAGAAACCGGCGUUAGCAUGAAGGCUGUGGUCAAUCUGGCCAAGAUGUACGGCAUGCUCAUCGCUGAUGGAACCCUAACGCUGGGCGUCCUGAAGAACCUCAAUUUCCCUUAUCUCCAGCCCAAGACAAAGACAUUUGUCGAGCUCUUGAUCAUCAGUGUUAUCCAACAGUCACAGAAGACCAAGAACGGAUCCAAAAAGAAGAACAAGUCUAGCUCUGACGAUGUCAAGGACGAGGAGUCUCUCAUGCAGAUCUUCUUGCGUGUCCAAGAAGCACCCCAAGCUGCCAAGGGCCUGAUCUACUUCAUUCGCAAAGUCGUCUCCAAGACCGAUCUUGUCACUGAGAAAGAGCAGAAGCUGGUGCGCUGGGGCUGCAAUGUUGCUGUGGAUGCACUCAAGGCCAUUAAGGAGUGA